AUGAAUGUGAAACAACUUAACCAAUUUGAGUAUGAGGUUACAGGUAAAGAAAAUGAUGCCAUAAUUGAUUUAGGUCAAAGACAAUGCUCAUGUCGUGUCUUUGACCUUGAUCAACUUCCAUGUGUGCAUGCAUUAUCAUCAUAUGAGCAAGCUGGAAUAGAAGUGUAUGAUUUGUGCUCUAACUAUUAUAAGUUGGAAACUUGGGCGUUGGCUUAUGUUGAUACCAUUUAUCCAGUCCCUCAACAAGAAGAUUGGGAUAUUAAUGAAGUUAAAGUAUUGCCGAAGGUAUUGCCUCCAAAUGUCCAAAUCAAGCGUGGUAGAGCAAAAUUGAAAAGAAUCCCAUCAGUUGGCGAGGGAAAAAAAUGGAUAAAAAGGUGUGGUUUAUGCGAGCAGCCUGGUCACUCCAAAAAAACAUGCCCCUUACGAGCCACAACAUCUAAAUUGUAA